UCGGUCGACGCUUCGCUACAGCACAGUUUUGCCAUCUCCACGAUGACGACUGACACGUUGGUUCCCAUUCCGAUCGAAGAUUUGGAGGAACUAAGGGAUCUUUAUCAACACAACUGGCCCCACAACGAGCCAACCUACAAUCUCAUCCAGAACUACAUCGACUGGCAUCGCAUCGAUCGGAAGCUGAAAGAUUUUGCUAUAUACUCGCUCAACGGAACAUGGCGCCAGAAUGGGACAUUCGUGCUGGAGGACCGGUAUCUGCUGUUUUUCUAUAGCCUCGAUGACACGAAUGAUACGGUACGACGCGCGCUUGAUCUUGUAGACUGGGACUACUCGUGGCAGGUAUCGGCGUAUCAUGAUACACACCGAGCAGCAAUGUUGGAGAUCAUUCAGAAGCACAACCUGCAGCUAAUUUUUGACUUACCAACGGAAACACGCUAUCUGCGCAAAGAAGCUGCACUUCAGUUUACCAUCGACGUUCCAGCAGGCACUUCCCUUCGCCCGUUGUCCGGUGAGGAUGCCGUCAAGGCCAACGCACUGUGGCCACACCGGGCCAAGGGUUCCGAGUUUCUACUGAAACGGUUAGCUCUGUGGAACGCUAGUGUUGGAUUGUUUGAUGAGAGCACGAACGAGAUGUUGGCAUGGUGCUUCCGCCUUACUCCUGGUCCUAAUGGGGCGCUAGAGGUUCCGGUCGAGCACCGGCGCAAAGGUUACGGUACGCUCGUGACGAAAGCGUUGGCCGUAAAGCUGGCCGAGAUGGGCUGCAUUUCUUACGGAUUCAUUCUCAAAAGAAACACAGCUUCCAUCGAUAUGUUCCGCAAGCUUGGCUUCGAGAACGUCGGUAGCAUGUACUGGACCCGGAACGUUGACCGAAAGCUCGUCGAAUGGGACGGCUAG